AUGGUUUUUCCCCGCCUGCUGUCCACCAACUAUCCUUCAUCUUGGAAAGUCAACGUGGGCCAAGGCCAUGGUAUGGCCGAGAUUCCUUCCCGGCCCUGGGGGAGGAUGACCCUCCUCCUUAUGAGGCCAUGGAGAAACUGUCAUGUGAUUGAUGAAGAUGGGAGGGCCUGGUAUGAUGAUUCCAACUUGGCCACGCUCGUUUGGCUUAGCACCUCGGUUGCACCCAUUGCCGGAGUGACGGUCCUGGCUUCACCUAGCCACAGUUGUGCCCAAAAUGACGACCCUGGCCAUGGUCGGAGUGACGGCCUUGAUUGCAACCCAAUUUCACCCAUGUCCAGAGUGACUGCCUCGGCCGUGGUCGGAAUGACAGCCCUGACUUUAGCUAGCUGCACCUGUGUCCUCAGUGACGGCCUCGGCCAUGGCCUGAGUGACGGCCUUGGCUUCAACCCGGCCGCACCCAUGUCCAGAGUGACGGCCUUGCCCAUGGCCGUGGUCAGUGAAGAUGUGGGCGGUGGAGGCACCGCCUAG